AGAAUGAGAAGCAAACAGCCGGCGUAUGUGUGUGAUGAAAAACGAAAAGAAUAUUUCUUACAACACACAAAUUCUUACCUGGUAAACCGCCUGCCACAAGCCAACAGCAAAUUAUAAAAUUCCAGUCAAAAACCAACUCCUCUUAUCAAAAUCAUAUAAAUUAAUCAGUAAUUGCACCAUUAUUAUCGUUUUAUAUUAAAUUUGAAGCAAAACCCAAAAUCACUUUUCUUUUCGUAAUCAACUACUAUACCACCUUCUUCUGAAAGUUUCAAUGGCUGUUUCUCCUCAUGCUUUUCCGCCGAGAAAGCGGCGGCCUUCGGCCGGAGCUUUUGUAUCGCCCAAAUUAGCCGAUAUCAACUUGGUAAAGUCCCUUCUUUCUUUGUCACAAGAAAUCUCUUCUUUUAAACCAUUUCAAUGUCUUCUAAAACGGAACUCGGUUUCCUCCAUUAACAAAUCCAAGCUUCUCUCGAUAUUAUUCGACGAGCUGAUAAAAAACCCAGCUUCUGUUUUCUUUUCUCCUUCAACCCUUUUGUGCUUUGAAGAAAUGUACAUAGUUUUACAAAGGAUUAAAACAUUGCUCGAAGAUUGUUCAAAUGGAAGCAAGAUGUGGAUGUUAAUGCAAAUCCAGGUAUUAUCUAAUAAUUUUCAUGAACUCACCCUCGAGUUAUCGACUCUACUCGAUAUUUUCCCUUUUAAAGAGAUUGAACUGAGUCAAGACGUGGAAGAACUCGUGGUUUUGGUACGGAAACAGUGCGGUAAGUCGAAGCCGGUUGUGGAUCCCGGCGAUGUGUUUCUCCGGCUAGAAGUUUUGACCAUGUUGGAUCGGAUCGAAAAAGAGAUCGUUCCCGAUCAGUUGAAGCUUAAAAAAGUCAUGGAGGAUCUGGGAUUACGUGACGGUUCGAGUUGCAGAGAAGAAAUCGAGAGCUUACAAGAUGAAAUCCAGAAUCAAGUCGACGAGAAAUCGAAAUCGGACAUCGUUUCUUUGAUUGGCCUUGUUCGUUACGCUAAUUGCGUGUUGUUCGGAUCUUCGACGGCAAGUAAACCGGAUCAUCGGAGGCAAAAAUCGACGUCGGAUUUGACUAUCCCGGCUGAUUUCCGGUGUCCGAUUACUCUUGAGUUGAUGAGGGAUCCGGUUGUCGUGGCGACGGGACAGACGUACGAUCGGAAAUCUAUCAAUCUAUGGAUUGAAUCUGGGCAUUCCACAUGUCCUAAAACGGGUCAAACCCUGAUCCAUACCAACCUUAUACCGAACCGAGCUUUGAGGAAUCUUAUAACUAUGUGGUGCCGUGAGCAAGGAAUUCCGUUUGAGACCGUCGGAAAUAACGAGAAAGUUAACAGCGUUAAAGGUACUAAAGCCGCCUUUGAAGCUACGAAGAUGACGGUUUCUUUUUUGGUCAACAAAUUAUCGGGUAGUCAAACCAUGGAGGCGGCUAACGGUGUUGUUUAUGAGCUUCGUGCUUUGUCGAAAACCGACUCGGAUAGUCGAGCCUGCAUUGCAGAAGCUGGAGCGAUUCCGAUCUUGGUCAGGUAUUUAGGUUCAAGUGUAGGUUUGGAGCAUCCGAACCUCCAGGUCAACGCUGUUACUACUAUUCUUAACCUUUCCAUCUUAGAAGCAAACAAAACGAGAAUCGUGGAGACUGACGGAGCUUUAAAUGGCGUUAUCGAGGUGUUACGUUCAGGUGCCACGUGGGAAGCCAAAGGGAAUGCGGCGGCGACGAUAUUCAGCUUAUCGGGCAUACACGGGUACAGAAAAGGUUUAGGGAGGAAGACACGUGUCAUAAAGGGAUUGUUGGAUUUAGCCAAAGACGGACCCACGAGCUCCCAAAAGGAUGCACUCCUGGCUAUUUUGAAUUUGGCUGGAGAUAGGGAGACUGUAGGGAGGUUAGUUGAAGGAGGGGUGAUACAGAUGGUGAGCGGAGUCAUCGACGAGCUACCGGAGGAAGCGGUGGCAAUACUCGAGGCGGUGACUAGGAGAGGCGGAUUGGCAGCGAUCGCGGCGGCUUUCAACAUAAUUAAGAAACUGGGUGUUAUCCUGAGGGAAGGGUCAGAUAAUGCAAGGGAAAGCGCCUCAGCUACUUUGGUCACCAUGUGUAGGAAAGGGGGACCGGAGAUGGUAGCGGAGUUGGCAGUGAUUCCGGGGAUUGAAAGGAUAAUAUGGGAAGUAAUGGGUGGUGGAACCGCAAGAGGGAGACGGAAAGCGGCGACGUUGUUGCGGAUUCUUCGAAGAUGGGCGGCCGGUUUGGAUUUGGAUACAAAUAAUGUUGUGGAUAGUUCAAACAUGAUAACCAUGACUGUAGGUACAUCAAGAACAAUAUUGCAAGCAUGAUAGGAUACAAUUUUUUUUUCAAAUUUAUUGUCAAAUUGUAAAUUGUGAAUGAAAUUUGUAAAAUCUUUCUUCUUUCUAGUGGAAAAUCUUAAUGGGAAAAAGAUCAUUCUUUUUAUAA